UGGCUGCUGCGCCCCAAGCUGCUGGCUGGUUCUGCAAGGUUCCUGCCUGUCAAGACAAGGAGGCGGAGAGGGACUCCUCCUCUUCCCUAGCUGUAGGUCUGGGCGUGGAGUCCUGUGGCAAUCCUGCAAAAGUGUAAAGCUGUCAGCCAGGCGGAGCACGCAGAGAGAGGGGAGAGAAUGAGAGUGCCCCUCCUUCACAGUGUGCCAGCAGUCCCGGCUGGCCCAGGCUGGACCUGCUAGAGAGAAACCAGCAGCCCGAAGACCUCAGCCUCAGCCAGGGAUAGAGGAGGCUGAAGACAGGCUAAUGGACUCCAUCGACGGGCUCCAGUGUCUGACCAUGACUGCUGAAAAUCCAACUUCCGGAGACCUGACUCCUGUCCCCAUUGUCACCUGCAAGCUCUGCCUGUGUGAACAGCCUCUGGACAAGGUGACCAUGCUCCAGGAAUGCCAGUGCAUCUACUGUACAUCGUGCCUGAAACAGUAUAUGAUGCUGUCCAUCCGAGAAGGAUGUGGGUCUCCCAUCACUUGUCCUGACAUGGUGUGCCUAAACCACGGGACCCUGCAGGAAACCGAGAUUGCCUGUUUGGUGCCUGUGGCCGAAUAUCAACUGUAUCAGCGGUUAAAGUUUGAACGAGAGGUUCACAUGGACCCCCUCCGAACAUGGUGUCCUGUUGCAGACUGCCAGACAGUGUGCCAUAUUGCAGCAGGAGACCCAGGGAAGCCUGUGAUGGUGGAAUGCACUUCUUGCCACCUGAAAUUCUGCUCAUGUUGCAAGGAUCCUUGGCAUGGGGAGGCUUCCUGUAGAGAGCAGCCAAUUGUGCCAGAGCAUGGGACCCUCUUUGGGACGGAUGCAGACGCCCCCAUUAAGCAGUGCCCGGUUUGCCGGGUUUACAUUGAGCGCAACGAAGGCUGCGCUCAGAUGAUGUGUAAGAACUGCAGACACACAUUCUGUUGGUACUGCCUGGAGAACCUGGACAAUGACAUAUUCCUUAGGCAUUAUGACAAAGGACCAUGCAGGAAUAAGCUUGGCCACUCGAGAGCAUCGGUAAUGUGGAACCGAACACAGGUGGUAGGGAUACUUGUGGGAUUAGGCGUCAUCGCCCUGGUGACUUCACCCCUCCUCCUCCUGGCCUCUCCAUGUAUAAUCUGCUGUGUCUGCAAGUCCUGCCGAGGCAAGAAGAAAAAGCACGAUCCAUCCACAACUUAAAGUUACCUGCACAGACAUCUGGGUUUCACGAGACAGUGCAGCGAUAAAGCCCCACUUAGCGACCUUGCCUCCUUCUCCUUGCCAAACUUUGGAAGUGCCUCUGUGUCCAGACUCUGAACUUGCCUGAUAGCAUUCAGUGUGGGAAAAGGCCAAGUCCUGGGUGCGAGUGUUCCUGUGUAUCGAGAAGCAGCUCACAACCCAGGCUGUGUCUGUGGAGCACUCUAGGAGCUUUGCUGUUGCCCGGGAGACUCUUAACACAUCGCCAUCUUGCCAUCCAAAGGAUCCCACCAGGCUUCUCCUCUUCCAUUCAAACCUAAUGAGCCUGGGUGAACAUUCAGAGUACUAAUGGCAUUGCCGUGCUUGGCGGCUUUGCAAACUGACAGAAGUCUGUGUUGAUUCCACUGCCACGGGACACAUGGCAGAAACCCAGAGUCAGAGGGGAAGGAUAAGACUGCAUAAUAAUUAAUUCUAUGCGCAAUAGAACUGGCCACUUAUCUCAGGAGUCGAUGCCCUGACUGGCAUGCCUGUGCCGGCUGCUGUGAGCACAUCCUCGGUGUUCCCACAGUGACUUGGCAGAAACAUAAUCGCUCUCUCCCUGUGUGAUCUCAUCUUCAGGCAGGAGAAACUGCUCUUCGGAGGGAGUUGUCCCUUCCCAGGAAAAGGUUGUAACAUGUAAAACAACAUGGCCUAAUUUAGUGUCUGUUGUUUGGCAGAUACUAUUCUUCUUAGGUAACAGUUCACCGCUCACAGCCUGCAGCUGUGGCCUAUAAAAGUGUUUUAUAUGGGCUGUGAGUGGGAAAGCUUCAAAGCCUUUGUUGUAGGCAGCAGGGUCCUUUCUUGGGCUCUGUGGUCAUAUUCCCAACAGAUUAGGAGUUGGACCAGAAAGUGCACAUCAGCAGUACACAUUAUAGUCCAUCCAUCGAAUCAUCGAGCUAUUGAUCCAUCCAUCCAUAUAGAAUCCAUGUGACUGCCCCUAAGCAUGCAUGGAGGUGUCCAACAGAUGACACAAAGUAAGAUUAGCUAAAAUACCUUGUUCCUUUCUAUGACUAAAUGAUUUAUCUGUCUACAUAAACAGUUUUUUUUUUUUUUUGCUUAGUACACAUGUGAAUUUUUACAGUUAAGUUCAUAACUUACCCAGGAGGGUAGACUUAAAAACAAAUCUUUUAAAACAAUGCCUAGUGCAAUUUUAUGUUGUCUGUAAAGUGAUAAUCAGGUUAUUUACAUACUUUCAGACACAAUUUAGAGCAGCUCUUUGCUCAGCCUAAUUUAGUAUCGUUCUCCUGGGAGCUGUUCAGACAAUCUGAGUGCUUUCUGUGUCCUCAAGAAACUGAUAAAAUGACAAGAAGAAAUCAAGUGGAAGUAUGUCAUGUGUCUUCAGUAGUUUGGAUCUGUGUCAUCUCAGUGUGACUCAUCCUGACCAUCAUACCAUCAGUCACAAGUAGAUUUUGAAAAGACGAACAUGUUUUCUCCAGGGAGAGGAUUAUACAGUUGCCAUUAGCAAUGCAGCCCGGUGCUUCUUAAGACCAGUGUGUGUUCCGUGUUAACGGAGACUUCUGAAGGCAGGGAGAUUAUUCAGGGCCUAUUCCUUUUUCCACGGUAACGUGGUUACUAGAUUGUUAAACUGCUGCUAUCCUGGAUCUAUUAUCAAAGAUUGAUGCCUUGCCUCUGCAGUGGAAUGUAUCCUAAGUGGGGAUGUAUAUAUUCAAGGACCUUUAAUUCACACACAUGUAUUAAUAUCUAAUAUAUGUAUAGUACAUUCAUUGGCUGUCUACUUUUUUAUUCACCAGUUUGUGUAAAACAUAGAACUCGGGAAAACUUCUGAAUGGCAAGCAGCCCAAAUCAUUUUAAUCAUUUAUUAUUAUAUGUCUUCAUAUAAAUUGACUCUGUUUUCCAUUGAAUGUCUAAGCCUUUCAGAAAGAACAAACAACAACAACAACAACAACAGAACCCUCUCUUCUGAAAGGAUAUUUCAUAUUAGUCCAAACAUAAAUGUACAUCUCUCUGAGUGGUUAGCUUGCACAAACAUAGUCAGCUGCGGCUUUUGUUAUAGCUCAGGGGAUUACAGGAACUCAACUGCCUGAAAUUGGAUUUUUGUAGCAAGAAUGUCAGCAGCGACAACACUAGCCACCAUUAGCAAAUUCUCCGAGCUUGCUCUGUUCUAACUGGGGCAGAUUUCAUGUAACCUGAAAUGCUGUUAUCUCAGAAAUAAGAGCUGGUGGAUUUGGAGGGGAGGUGGAAAAGAAUGUCUGUGCUAUUUCCCUGGCAAAAUUGAGGGAAAAUGCCUUCCAGAGAUUUUAUAUAAAAGCACUAGUUUUGAUUUUAUUUUUGUUUUAUUUUUUUUGGCUGGGAGGGCGGUUGUUUGUCAAACUGAUUUUACCUCGCUGGAUAUUUUUUUCACUGGUGCCAAGUGCCUGAAUAUGGUAUCUUCUUCCUUAUGUGACAAAACGUGUAUGAGAGUGUGUCUGAGUCUACUCAAGAAUUUGGUAACUAGAACCCAAGUGUGUGUAUCUGUGACUCAUCCCUGGGCACAAGGCCUGCCUAACUCUUUUGUUUCCAAAGAAACAAGGUGGUAACUGUGAUCGGGGAGGCUGGUUUUUCACUCUGAGUGGUUGGCCUCUGGAGAGUUAACUUCCUUUGCCCUCAGCUUCCACCUCGUUUAGGAAGAUUCUUACAAAAAGUGUUUGGCUGUGGCAAAAGUUUUCUAGUCCAUUUGAAAUAGAUUUAGAAGCCCACUAGGUCUGCACUUUCCAGAAAUCUUGCCGGACACAAUGGUGUGUCAUCCAGACCCUGCCACCUCUGGGGGUUCCCCUGUUGAAGUACAUUAGAGAAGAGGGAGGCCGCGCGCGAGAGCAGGUGUCAGAGUCUUCGCCAUCCUGUUUGUUCAUGCCAUGGGUAUUUGCUCUGGAUUUGAAAUCUGUACUUUGAAAGUGGCCUUGGGAAAGCAAAUAAUUGUGUGUGAAUUUUCUUGUCGUUUGCAUCACAAAAUAAUUCUCUUUAUUCAAGUGGAAAAAUCCUCAUUGAUUUUUUUGGAUGUACAAAACUGUUUCUUGGAAGCCAAAUUUCCUCUUGAAAAUUACUCAGUAACCAAGUAUAUGUUGCGUUCUCCUCCUGUGCCCAGAGCUCCUGCAGAACACAUCUCUCUGUCCCUGAGUAGAUGCCUUUUGGUAUGUGAAACUGUGUACACAUGUGUGGCUGUGAGAACCAGUUCAGAAAUGCCUUAGAUGAAUGACAUUGUGUAAAGCUAUCUCAAUUGAUAUCUACAGGCUAUCACAUCUCAUGUUGCUGGUUCAUGAUCCAGGAAGUUUUGUCAUGUGGUUACUUAAAUUGCUGUUGGAGUAUAUAUAUUUUUUCAAUUCUUUGGGAAGAAAAUUGUUUUAAUCUCUUUAGCCCCAAUAAAUGUGAGCAGGAAACCAAG